CCCGCUUUCCGUCCGCGGCCGCUUAGUACCGACUGUAACCUUAGUUCUAAUCGAGCAGUCCACGCGACAUGCUCAUUCAUCACCAACAGCAAUCAAACUCACCUUGAAUAUCCAUCUCUCGACUCCCCCUGCAACUUUCGAUUACUGAAAAAGAGACAAGGCAUGUCGGUGACUGAAGGUGCACCUGCGUACGGCGCGGUGGCGCAUCUGCUCCCUCAAACCUACAAGCGGCUAGUCUCGGAAUGGCUCGAGGAAGAUACACCCAGCUUCGACUACGGCGGAUUUGUGGUUGGCGAGGAAAUAUCCGAAGCCAGACUACUGGGGAAGAGUGAAGGUAUCGUGGCGGGGGUGCCGUUCUUCGAUGAAGUGUUCCGUCAACUGGACUGCACAGUGGAAUGGCACAUCAAAGAAGGGACCUCCUUCCAGCCCAUAACCCAUUGCGCCACCGUCCGAGGACCAGUCCGAAAACUCCUCCUUGGUGAACGAGUUGCUCUCAACACUCUGGCACGGUGCUCCGGCAUCGCCACCAAAUCGCAUCGCCUCCUCCAGCUACUCAGAGAUGCUGGAUACCCCAACAUCCUUGCCGGAACCCGCAAGACGACGCCUGGAUUCCGGAUUGUGGAGAAGUACGGCAUGCUCGUGGGAGGCGUUGAUGCUCACCGCGUGGACCUUUCCGCUAUGACCAUGCUCAAGGAUAACCACAUUGUAGCAGCAGGGAGUAUCACGAAUGCAGUGCGAGCGGCCAAGUCGGCAGGUGGCUUCGCGAUCAAGGUGGAGGUGGAGUGUCAGUCGUUUGAAGAAGCCGACGAGGCAAUUUCAGCGGGUGCGGAUAUCGUCAUGUUGGAUAAUUUCUCGCCUGAUGGGGUCAAGGUUGCAGCGAAGGAGCUCAAGGAGAAGUGGGGGAGGGGUGCGGGCGAUCGGAAGGCGUUCUUGGUAGAGGUCAGUGGUGGAUUGACUGAGGAAAAUGUGGCGCCCUAUGUGUGCAGCGAUAUUGACAUCGUGAGUACGAGUAGCAUACACCAGGGUGUCAAGCACGUGGAUUUCUCGUUGAAGAUCGUGCCGAAGGGUCAGUAG